AUGCACAUCUUCAUAACAGGCUCAACAGGCUACAUCGGCCGCGCCCUAACAUCCCACCUCCUCGCCAGCGGACACACAAUCCUCGCCCUCGUCCGCCCCCACCAGGAAGCCACCAACCCACCCCCUUCCAAUCCAAACAUCACCCUCCUCCCCGGCACCCUCACCGACCUCGCCACCCUCACCCACGGCGCCACAACCACAGACGCAACAAUCCACCUCGCCUUCAGCAUGUCCUUCACCUCCUUCGCCGAAUCCUGCGCCAUCGACCUAUCCGCCAUCAGCACCCUCGGAGCCGCCUUACUCGGGACGGAUAAACCGCUCGUCGUCACAUCCGGGACGCUCAAUCUCGCUGGUCGCGGGGUAGGUCUCGAGAGCAUGCGCGCCGAACCCGGGCCCGUCCCGCGGUACCUCGCAGAGUGGAAAGUCGAGGAGUUGGCGAAGGAGGGGGUUAGGGCGAUGGUAGUGCGUCUCCCGCCGAGCGUGCACGGGGAGGAGGAUGUAGGUAUGAUGCCGAAAUUCAUCGCCGUGGGCGCGGCCAAGAAGGAAGUUGCGUAUGUCGGGGAUGGAGGGCAGCGGUGGCCGAGUGUUCAUCGGGAGGACGCUGCUAUGGUUUAUAUGUUGGCGGUGGAGAGGGGGGUGAAGGGGGGGAUGUAUCAUGCGGUGGGUGAUGAGGGGGUGAGUAUUAGGGAGAUUGCGGAGGUGGUGGCGGGGAGAUUGGGGGUGGGGAUGAGGUGUAUUGCAGGCGAAGAGGCGGCGGGGUGGUAUGGGUUUAUGGGGCCGUUGCUGGGGGUGGAUAAUCCGUGUGAGAGUAAGAGGACGAGGGAGGAGUUGGGGUGGGUGCCGAAGGGAUGCGGGUUGUUGGAGGAUUUGAGGGAGGGAGAGUAUUAUUUUGCGGAGGAGAAUAUUGGACGGGUUGUUGAGGGGUUGUGA